AUGGUUUAUUCUCCAUUACUUACUGGUGGUCUCAGUCAACCUCUCAUGCGCUUAGUAGUCGAUGAAAAUCCAUCAAAGUCAGACGACGUGCAUGACCAAUGGUUGAUCAGAAAUGUCCCACGAACUGAUAAACUCUCAGUAAAAAUUUUCGACAAAGAUAAUGAUAAAGUCAAAGAUGAUUACAUUGGUAGUUUUGAAUUAUCUCUUCGGCCAAGAAACUGUCGGUCAACUGAGAGCAUAAAUAGUUGGGGCAAAACUCAAACUCUUGGCCCAUACACAUUCGAUGGUCCUGUUCGUUAUUCUGGUCAUAGCUUAUUGGCUGUUGGACAAUUAACUAAAGUUAAUGAUGAGCGAUUUUAUUCAACUUGA